AUGUCCGACUUCUCUCGAUUGCCCGCCCGAGGCAGCUCCUCGCCAGCACCGCCGCCUCCCCCACCACCAGCUCCCGUGCAACAGAGUCACAAAUAUUCCAACCGCGCGGCCAGUGCUCUGGCAAGAUUCGCCCAGCCCUUCUUCUCAGGGUCUCGACCUCCUAGUCCGCACACGGCGGGAAGUCGUGCAGAUUUGUCUGCUGGUCCCCGUUCAACAAGGUCCAAGUCAUUACCUGGAGCAUCCCAGACUGUUACGCAUAAGACUGGUAUCCCUAUUGCCGCUCUAGAUAUCUCCCCGCAGCGGACACAUGCAGUCAUUGGCGGAAAGGAGAUUUUGAAGACCAUCCGCGUCUCGCCUGAUCAUUCAUCCGAGGAAUUCAAUCUCCGCAAUGCUAUCAUCAGUUAUUCAUCCACUCAUCAUGGUGGAAGCGGACUCUCCGCCCGGCAUAAAGACCAGCUGACUGUGAGAGAUGUCAAGUGGUCACAUGGUGAGUAUGACCAGAUUAUUGCCACGGCGGUGGCCAAUGGCCGCAUCGUGGUGUAUGAUCUGCGCCGAACUGGCUUGGAAUGUUGCCGAUUCCAGGGCCACAGCCGCCAGGUCCAUCGGUUAGCCUUCAACCCGCACCAUGCGUCAUGGCUUCUGUCGGGGAGUCAGGAUUCUUCCAUUCGAAUGUGGGACUUGCGGACAGCUUCUGCGGAACGUGGCGUCUUGGUGUGUGGGAGUCUGGAUCUGUUCCACGGUAACAGUGAUGCCGUCCGGGAUAUCAGGUGGUCGCCAACCGACGGGGUCAUGUUUGCGACUGCAACAGACAGCGGAGCGAUACAACUGUGGGACUGCCGCAAGUCAAGCGCUCCGUUAAUGCGGAUUACUGCCCAUGACCGCCCGUGCUUCUCGGUAGAUUGGCAUCCUGAUGGGAGGCACAUCGUCAGCGGUGGUACGGAUAGACAAGUGAAAGUCUGGGAUUUCUCUUCUUCUGCCGAACGCCGACAGAAGCCGACUUUCCAGUUUCGGACCCCUCAGGCAGUCCUCAACGUCCGAUGGCGUCCACCUUCGUGGGCUAGGGAGCCGGAGGGCUCUGGUGAUUGGCAGUCAUCUCAGGUAGUGACAUCUUACGACAAGGAGGACCCGCGAGUUCAUCUCUGGGAUCUCCGCAGGCCACACAUACCGUUCCGCGAAUUCGAUCGGUAUGAUGCUCACGCGACCGACUUGCUCUGGCAUUCCAAGGACCUGUUAUGGACAGUAGGUGAAGCUGGCGCUUUCACUCAAACUGAUAUUCGAUACGCUCCCCAGAUUAUCAAUCAACGCCCGACAUGCUCGGUGGCUUGGAGCCCGAGCGGCGAAGUCCUAGCCUUCGCCCAGAAACGUCCCCAGCGUAGUACUCUAGGCCUCAGCACUAAUGAGUUCGUGGGCCCUCAGCACGAAGAGCACAAUAGUGGUGAGGUUUUGAGUCAGAGCCCUGCAGAAGAUGUUCUCGAUGAGCCUUCGUUCGCUUCUAUCCGCCAUCGGCAUAGCAAGUCGAGUAGUGUUCGGCCGUCUAAAUCCUUAGGCAGUACUCCGCCUGGUGUGGGAGAUCUCAUUCCUAUCCUCCCACUAGAAAAGGUCCUUUCAAAGAUUAAAACCCCCGAGGCACGUCAGAUCGGAGCAGUUGGAUGUAUUCCGGGAGCUACACUGGAUCGAGAUACCUUUCAAUACUUGGCGUCCAAUUACUCUUCUUUGCUCGAUGGUGCUGAUGCAGUCCGCAUGGACAAGCUAUCGUCCAUGCUCGAAUCACUCAACCACAAUGCACAGUGCUCGGAGGACGCUUCUUUGCUCAAGCUAGCACAGACUUGGCGCAUUAUCAAAUUUGCUGUCGUCCAAGAGCUCGAGACCAGAGCCAGAGAGCAACGUCGCAACUUAGACAAGGGGCCUCGCACCAUGAAGAAAAAAUCAUCCAAGGAGGGUCCUGUUUCAGAGAAACCACGGGUGAUUGAAGAUGGGAGACAGGACAAAUUGAAAACCCGAAUGUUCAAGGGUGUGGUGGAGAACGAAGCAUUGAAGAUCCCGCUGACAGACUCUGAAAGCGCGUCAAAUAUGACGACGCCUCUCGCGCAGCCAUUGCCUGACUCCCCUCUUGGGUCUUUGGACAGCACGACUUCGCAUAUGACGUCUUUGAAUGACAAUACGGAAUUGAAGCCUCUUCCACCGUCGGUUCUUAGCUCUAAUCAGGGCACCAUGACUUCAAAUGAUUGGUCAUCGAUGUCAGAUGUCGAUCCACAACCAGUCCAUCAAUUACAACACCGUCAAUCUGAUGCUAGUGAAGAUGUCUCUAUCCCACCUGACAGUUUGCCUUCCGAGCCGGGACGUGCCCCGGUGCUUCAAGAUACUGCGGAUGACCAAAGAUCUGCACCUCGAGCCAUCUCUGGCAGAGCAGAUUGGCAUUUGAAAACGCUUGUGAGCGCUUCAAAGGGGACUUCUGAAGUAGACGAAUACGAUCAGAAAAUGGAGGACAAGAAAGCAGCUAUUCGCGACUAUAGGAUCUUUCCCAAGAAGGUCCUCUCACUAGAAUCUCCUAUGGUGCCUAUUAAACCGCCUGGCUUCCACCGGCAUGAAUCAUCGGAGAGCUUCCCUAUGUUCUCAGCCUCAACAGAGAGCUCCCAUCCGUCCAAAUCAAUGGCCACCUCGUUAUCUUCGGCAGCGAGACUGUAUGAGGCUCACGAGGAUGGAGAUGUUGGCCAGGAAGCGGCUACUGCAGAGCCUAGUAACAGCUAUGUUGAAGUCAAGGAGUCAGUCCCAAAGGCUACUUCUGUAAACGAAAAAGAAACCCAGGGCUGUGAAACACUGGAGGGUAUCCCUGAUUCAGAGCAUAUACACCUCGAGCGACCGUCUAGCCCCCCACCUCUAUUGAAAGAGAGUCGGCCCUUGAAUGUUCCUAGUCAAGAAGAUGAAGAUUCAGUGCACAACAACCCGACAGCCACUGGAGGAACUAGUGAGUUGAUUGGCGUGACUAUUCCUGUCAGUCCUGACGUGACAACGAACAAACCCUGGAGCGUCGAGAUGCUUUUUAAAGAGGCAAUUCGACACUACCAUAGUGGGAACCAUGUGGACAUUCAGUCUGCUGCACACUUACUGCAGAAGCUACGAAUCCUUUUUAAAGAUUGCGAAAAGAUUCUUCCCGAUGAGGAGGCAGAAUACAUAUUCAGAGCUUACAACGAGCAGUUGGUGCGCCAAUCAAUGUACAUUGAAGCUGCUGAGCUUCGGCUUUUAUGUGUCCCAUCUUACCCAGCAGUCUAUGAGUACGCCCAGGGCGACACUUUCAUGAACGUGUUCUGUUUCACAUGCAAACGUCCUUAUGAAAACCCAAAGAGCGAUAAUACGCGCUGUCAUCGUUGUAACACUCCUCAGGAGCCAUGCGCUAUCUGCAUGAGCCUUGAUCCGCCACCUGAGUGGGUUGCAGAGCUCUCGAAUGCAUCCGCUUAUUCAACUCCAGACCUGACUUCUGAGGCUACAUCACACGCACUUUCAUCAUCACAUUCUUCAUUGAAAACCGAACCCAUUCCCCAGAGUGAAUUGCAGCAUCUGGAUAAUCUUCUCUCUGAUCCAUCACAGCGCCCUCGACCAAAAGGAUCCACACUCUGGACCUGGUGCCAGGGCUGCGGCCACGGGGGCCACUUGGCUUGCAUAAGCACAUGGUUAAAUGAUGUCUCCAUCAGUGAAGGAGGUUGCGCUACUCCGGGAUGCAUGCAUGAUUGCGGUCCUGGCCCGCGUCGCGAACAUAACCGCUCCGUCCUCCUAGAGGAAUCAAAGAGACGUGACACUGCCGGCCGAAAAGCCGGUGUAGGCUUAAUCAAACGAGAUACGUGGACUAAAGGAGAAAGCAGGGCCGUCGAGAAAGUUCGCGGCAUGCUAGGCGUUGGUGCAUCAGCUGGGAGCGCUUCCACAACAGCUACCACUGCAACAAGUGGUGGGCCUAGCGGGGCUUCCACUAGCACUAUGUCGCCCAAGAAGAUACCCGAUCGUUGUCGGUUCUGGCGUCUCGGGGGGUGA